UCUUUCCCACAUUCUCUCUUGUGCUCUCUGCAUCUUAUCCGACCCCUCCUCCUUCUUCUGCUUCCAUUCAGAUUAUUUACCCAUCUCCUCCUCACUUCCUCUGCUGUGUCUUUCUCCUGUCCCUCUCUUCUCCGUCUUCCUUGUUGCUGCUGCCUCACCCUCACAUCCCUCCCUUCCUAUCAACGCUCCCGCCCUCCUCUUCCUCCUCCUCCUCCUCCUCCUGCUCUUGGAGAUCUUCAAAGCUGCCCAGCACACACUUGCACAUAGCAUAACACUCUGCUCUCCUGCGUGGGAAAACAUGUCAGCUAUUCUGGACCUGGACCAGAUUGCAUGCUCUGGGAAUGGAGUGGAGCAUGACAUUGAGACUCCCCAUGGCGUUCUCCAUGUGACGAUGAGAGGCGUUCCCAAGGGCAACAGACCCGUCAUCCUCACCUAUCACGACAUCGGCCUCAACCACAAGUCAUGCUUCAACACCCUGUUCAACUACGAGGACAUGCAGGAGAUCACGCAGCACUUUGCAGUGGUUCACGUGGACGCGCCCGGUCAGCAGGAGGGUGCCCCUCCCUUCCCCAGCGGUUAUCGCUACCCCACCAUGGAGGAGCUGGCUGAAAUGCUGCCCUCUGUGAUGACUCAGCUAAAGGUCAACAGCAUGAUCGGCAUCGGCGUGGGAGCAGGAGCCUACAUCCUCUCCCUCUUUGCACUGAACCACCCCAGCUUGGUGGAGGGUCUGGUUCUGAUCAAUGUGGACCCCUGUGCCGAGGGCUGGAUCGACUGGGCCGCUUCAAAGCUGUCUGGAUGGACCAGUGAUCUGGUGGAUAUCAUCAUGUCUCACCACUUCAGCGCCGAUGAGCUGUCCGACAACCUGGAGCUGAUCCAGACCUACCGCCUCCACAUCGCUCAAGACAUCAACCAGGACAACCUGGCCCUCUUCUGUGGCUCCUACCAAUACCGUCAGGACCUUGAUAUCGAGAGGCCAAUCGUGGGUCUGAACGAGGACACAGUUAAAACACUAAAAUGCCCUGCGUUGCUGGUGGUCGGUGACACGGCCCCUGCUGUGGAGGCUGUGGUGGAGUGUAAUUCCAGGUUAAAUCCAAUCAAGACUACACUGCUAAAGAUGGCUGAUUGUGGAGGCUUACCCCAAGUUGUGCAGCCAGGGAAACUUGCUGAGGCCUUCAAGUACUUUGUUCAGGGAAUGGGCUACAUUCCCUACGUUCUUCUCAGUCACCUGAGCAACGAAUCAGUGGCGACGGCAGGAAUGACUCGGCUGGCUCGCUCCCGCACCGCCUCCUCCUCCUCCAUCACCUCCAUGGACAGCAGUCGCAGCCGCAACAACCUCAACAGCCUGCUGGAGGGCAGCGCCACCGGGGGUCUGGACAACCAGGUCGGACCCCAGACCAUGGAGGUCUCCUGCUAAACCCUGAACCCCCCACCCUCCCUCCCCCUGCACAUUCCCAUAGUAACUUAUGUGCCCCUCUCUUUCUCUCUCUCCCCCUCUAUCUAUCUUUCUCUCACCCUGCAACUCAAACGCCAGCAGGAUCUGUAAUGUGAUUAGAAAAGGAUGUAAUAAAUAUAUUAACAGAUGCAUAUUAUUAAAUAUAUCAUAUUUAAUACACUGUCAAAGUCACAUUCCUGUACCAGAUACCAUGACUACAAUCAAACGUGUUGUAUAUUCCAAUGGUCAGACCAUAUCAUUCACUCAACCCCUUGUAUUUAUUUUUUUUCUCGUUGUCUUUGUUUUAAAUGUCUUCACACACACACUGUAGACGUCCUCCACGUGUUCAAAGUAAGGUUUUUUUUAAAUUAUGCAGUACUACACUCGGCUCUCUCCUGUUGUGAUCUCUAAACUCAUUGAUUCUGAGCCACUCUGUCUUUGUGUUUUAAUCCCAAACGUUCUGCAAUGUGAAUUAGUCACAAAGUGCACAGAGGGAUCACUCGACCUGCUGUAGCUGCAGAAAUCAAGUGAAGGAGCAUUGCAGACUGUAGCACACUUUCAUCAUAUCUAAACUCAAGCUUGUGGAGUGAGCUGCUUUUAAAACAUUCCUGUAGUGUACCAGUGUUUCAGCAUCACUCCACCUAUUUUGUAUUCUUUUUGUCACGAAGCUCAUCUCCCUUUUUUCUUUCUUCUGUGUUAAUUUUUUUUGUUCAGUGAUUUUAACAAGUGGGUCAUGAUGUGAAAAGUAUUGAGUCCCUUCUCUGACGGGCCAGUGGUGCUUCUCACUGUCUGCUGAUUCAACUCAUUUAUAUUACUACUGAAUAAAGCUUCAACAUGAC